AUAGAGCAAAGUCCACACAAUUUCCACAGAGAUGUGCUGAGCAAAGGCCAGAGUCCCAGAAGAAAACAAGUGCAGGCUCUGAGCAAAGCUGCGCUCAUCCCGAGGGGCACCCCACGCCCGGUUGGAGGGUCAGCGUGACCGGCCAUGAGCCCAGUGCUGUCGGAGUUCAUGAGAGAGCUCCCCGGCUGGCUCCUGCUCUGUGGCAUUUUCCUGCCCGUGACCUUGCUGCUGUUCCUUCUCAUCGCCUACUUCAGGAUCAAACUGAUGGAGGUGAAUGAAGAGCUGUCCCAGACCCCUCAACACCAGCACAGUCACAAGGCUGGCUCUUCCCUGCACCAGAAAACGAAGUGAAGUGACUACCAGAGACGGUCAAUGGCUAGACCACAGCACAUUUCUACCAGUCAGAGAGCAAAGGUCAAUGGCUGAGCUAAUAAAGUAGGUUAAUAAACUAGAACCACAGCAAAAAUGGGAAGAAUACUAGAUGCUUGCUCUGAACCAUACUGAAAAGUGGCAGCUAUUAUCCAACAGGACAUCUCUGAGACUCAGCUUAAAUAACAGUUCUUCAGAAGAGUACCAAACAUGUAAGAUUUUCUUAGAUAUGCUCUAUGGACUGGAUCCACUGUAACUUUAACUUUUUUAGGACUACGCUCACUCUGAAGGGAAUUAUUUUUAAAAUUCUUAAGCAUCCUCAUUACAUAAUCCCGUGGAAGCCCACGUUGUCCAUACCAGACCUCUCUAGUAGAGAGCAAGUGGAUGGCAAAAGAUGAGUGUCUUGAGAGCUCUGUGGAUUCCCCGUGUGUUUUCACAUCCUCCUCUCGCAGUUUGGAGACUCUUAAAUGACACCUCUUCAGGCACCAUUCUGGCUCCAAGUUUACUUCUCUCCUUUUCCCAGUUGCUUUCACAAAUCGACCACCAUUGUGAAAAACAACCCGCAGAACAAGCGGAGUCCCUCGGAUCCAGGGACGAACCACCCAGGAAUGUAGCUUUCAGCAUGAUGUGACUUGGAACUACUGGCAAUUUGGUGCUGGGAAAAAGAAAGAACAGAAUGUUCAUGUAAAUCACGUGGAAAAUAAUUCAAACCUUUGCUUCUAAAAUCAAAACAUCAGGAAGCUAUUUUUAAAUAUGGAGAGAAGUCAACAUUUCACUAGCAGAAUUAUUCUUUCAAUGGAAGCCCCAAAGAGCCAGCAUAGAUAACUGAAGAGAAACAUUUAACUCGAAGUGGUAAUUAAAAUAGACUGUGAUUAUUCUGCUCUCCAGUUUUCUAGUUAACAUUAACCAAAGAUGCUUACCAUGUCCUAAGUGAAAGUCUGGGUAUAUCCUAAUCUUUGCAUGUGAAUCUAACAGAUUAACUUGAAAAAACGUGAUGAAUUUGGUUGCCUGGAAGAAAUGCACCCAUUCCUGUAGUGACGUACAAGCAUACAGGAUUGUGUGGACCACCAAGAGCAAGAAUGCCCCACCAGUGAUGGGUAUUUUCUGCUUCUGCCCCACCCCCACUUAAAAUUCUUCAUAUGCAUCCAGUGAGUUAUUGGUCUCCAUUUGCACUUCUUGCAUAAUAUAAAACUCACUGUACAAUUGAAGACACUUAUUUCUGUGUUGUAUUGCAUUUGAUUACAAUGAAAAUGUCUGCUGGGGUUUUCAGGAUGAAGUAAUUUAGAAUAACAGUGUUCAUGCCAUAUGGAAGGAAUAACAAUUUCUUUCGGUUCUGGGAAAGAUCUCUUUUUAGCCCCUAGUGGAAAUCAGCUUGUGUAAAAAUGCUUUCUUUAACAGAAGGUGUGAAAGGAUGUAUCGUAUUCCCAGCGGCCAGCCAAUCAAUCUGUAGCUCGGCCACCAGGCUUUGCUCUGCCUUCUGGAAACAGGCACUUCAGCAGCUUGACUUUCGGUGCCAGUGGAUGCCGUUCCAUCAUCUCUGCCUCGCCAGGGAAAAUGCAUUCCAUCUACUGUGGUAAUGGAGGAGCUCUAAACAUACAUGUUUUCAGUGAUGGAACAUAAUCCAGUGGUUUAAAGCAAGACCCAUUUCUCUUGUUGCUAUUGAAUGAGUAAGGAAUUUCCAAUGAAAUCAUGAGAUUUUUUAGAUUUUUAUACAUAGAGAGGAACAGAAACAUGUUAGAUUUCUCUUGGAGAGAACAAGUCCAAAGGGUCUCACCAUCACGUGCUUGAAGGACUGCCGCUCAAUUUGUCAGAUCCUUUACUGAGCACAGCCGAUCGGCUGCACAGCACACCUUUGCUCUUCACGUGCUCAGAACCCAGUUUAAGAUCUCCUUCGGCUUCAGCUGUUUUGCCUCCUCAUCCUGCUGCCACCUAGACCAGACCAGCGAUCUCCUUACAUUAUCCUACAUUUUGCUCCAUCUUAUGUUGCAAAGCCUUCCACCAGGGGCCAAAAAUGCUCACACAACCCUAGAUGGUCUCACCCAACAGUUCCUAGUCUUAGUGCUAGUUCUGGAAUAAAAAAGAAUCCCAUUUUGGCUCUGCAACAUGAGACCAUCAAUAAAAUACUUAAAUGGGUGCUCUAGGUCCUGUUUCUGUUUAUUCAAGGAAAAUUUACCAAAGAAUGAAUUUUUUUUACAGAGCUAAAUAAAAGCUGUUAUUUUCUAUCCACUGCUCUUGUUAACAGCAUUGGUAAUUUGGGAAUCUGGUGCUAGGGAACUGCAAUCCAGGACCAUUCGUCCACAGCCAGAACCUGUACAAGUUGAUACAACAGAAAAUUGCGCAAGGACUGGCAUGCAUUAUGUUCUCCAAAAUAUUAUUUGUAACCUUCUUAACUUCCUUAUAAUCAAUCUGACCAGGUAGCAGCCACCAGUAUUUUCCAGGUAUAAUUUAGUAGCAAUUGGAAAAUCAGGAACAGAGAAAACACUCCUAUAUACCAAGAACAACUUUUCCUUUAAGUCUUAAGUUCUCUGGCAAAACUGUCUUAGAAAUCAGAAUUCGUAACUGUUUUAACACAUUUUGAAAAUCAAUUUUGGUUUAGGAAGUUAGAAUUUUGAGAAAUGCUCUUGAGAGUCUUGCUUUCUGACCUUGUAAUCAGUGUGUUCAUCAGAUUAAGACCUCUUAGUUUUAUCAGAAUUCACACAAUGACACAUACCCUGGCAAAUGAGCUCAAAUAGAAUAGGCAACAUGCCCUCAAAGUCUUAUUUAUAAUUACCACCAGCUUGGGAAUUUAAAAGUAUUCUCUCCAUUGUUUUUUUUAUCAAUUGUUCCAAUCCACAUUCCCAAAUCCAGAUUAUUAGGAGCAGAGGUUCCUAACCUGUAUUUAGGUAAUAAGGCCUUUUGAGAAUUUGAUGGAAGUCAGGGAUCAUCUCUAAGAAAAAUGGAUAUGCCCAUAAUUUUGUACCUACACAGGGCAAGUUUAGCCCCAUGAAACCCAUCCAGUAAUCUGUGGGUAGGAAGCCUGUGGCCAGUCUUAUCAAAGUACUCGUGCCGCCUCUUACACCAGCCAUCUUAGUUGGCCCCACACAAUAGAGGAUGUGUCGAUCAUAAGGGGUUCCUGACACUAUAGGAUUCACAGAACAGUCAGGCCCACACACCUGCACAGCCAGAGGCUUCCCAAGCAAUCUCAUAAUAGCAUAGAAUUCUAGUACAGAAGCCAUCAGAAAGGCAGUAUCUUCCAUAACUUUGCCCUUGGUGGAUUAAUUUGUGCUGUGCUCUUACUACUCAUUACAGCUACCUUUUUGAGGGCAUUACUUUGCUGGGAACUCCACAAGGCAUUGUAAACAUUUUUAUUUCAUCUCCCCACCAGAAUACCCCCAUAUUGGGAUGCAUCAUUACCUUCAUUUUAUAGGUGUUAAAAUGUCUUCAUUGAAGUCACAUGGCUCAGUUACUCAGCAGAUUCAAAUACCCAUCUGUCAGAUUCUGAGACCAGUGUUUUUGAAGCAAAAUUUCACAUUAUACAACUUGAGGCUGCUGUAAAUCUAACCUGGCAUCAUAACUAUACCUAGGGCCAGUGCUUUUGAUCAUGUGGCCAAGGGUCAGAAGUUGGACACCCAGGAAUUGUCAGAUGGCCAUGUUCUCUUCUGGAGCCAACUCUCCACCAGGGCCUAAAUCCAGCAAAUACAUGAACAGGUAAACAUAAGGAUCCAUGCAAGUCCACACUGACUUUCGAAAAAAUAACCGAUGUAUGUUCCCUACUGUUACUGUCUCAACAGUGACAUUCACAUCUCCUCGCCUCUAAUGCAGGUGUGUUAGACUGUAGUGGAAAAUGACUACAGAACCAUACAAGGAAGAAUAAUGUAUUCUCUCACAACACAUGGACAUUUUGUUUACUAUGGGGCUUUAAUUUUUUAGCCUUUUAUUAUGGAAUAUUUUAACAGAAUGAUACAAUAAAACUUCACAUGCCAUCACCUGGCCUCAGCAAUUAUCCACUCAUGGCCAAACUUGUUUGCUCUAAACCGAGACUCACUCCUCCUUCCCCCAAGUUAUUUUGAAUUCUUAAUUGCUUGAUGUUCUCAGAUAUCAAAUAGUUUUAUCCGUAAAUAAGGAAAAUAACGAAGUCCAUGCCAGGCAUUAGUCAUGGCUCCAUGCUUCCUUGCAGGAGCCCUGGUGAUAAUUAUUGCAUGAACUGUGGUCUUUGCAAUGAGUAAUCCCACAGUGUAUCAUAAAGGAAACCAGAAGCUACUCACAGGUGGUGAAAUACCAACAUCUACCGACUCCAUCCAUUUUUAAAAUAACCUUAUUUUAUAUCCUGUGGCCUAUGAAAAUGCAUUGCUGUUCCCUGUUGUUUCACACGACUGCUAUCAGGCUUAUAUGAAAUACCUGUAAAACCCCAUGCAAUGAAAAGGAAUUACUGCUUAUCACCCCAAAACUGUAUUGCUUUUGACCUAAGAUAAACAAUUAGCUCAUGGACAUGUUGCCUCAGCAAGCCUUGUUGAUCUUUCAUAUUCUGUCAUUUGGGGUUCUG